GGAACCCUGCUGCGCGCUCUCUGGCAUUGCAAUAAGAAGGGGGAGGAAAAGAGGUGAGCGGGGAAGCCAGCACGAAUCUCCCUCUUCCUCUCCCCCCCUCCCCGCACCACCCCAUCCCAUCCCAUCCCAUCCCACCCCCAGCUUCCGCGGCGCUGCGGUCCGGAUGCACUGCAGUAUCAGGAUUCUUACUGCCUGGAGAAAAAGAGUAGAAAAUGCAAAACAACGAAAUUAUAAAACCUGCCAAAUACUUUUCUGAAUUGGAAAAGAGUAUCUUGCUUGCAUUAGUGGAAAAGUAUAAAUAUGUGCUUGAAUGUAAGAAAAGUGAUGCCAGGACAAUUGCACUUAAGCAGCGGACCUGGCAAGCCUUGGCCCACGAAUACAAUUCUCAACCGAGUGUAUCACUACGAGAUUUCAAACAAUUGAAGAAGUGUUGGGAAAACAUCAAGGCACGGACCAAAAAGAUAAUGGCACAUGAAAGGAGAGAGAAGGUAAAACGGAGCGUUAGUCCACUUCUGAGCACACAGGUAAUAGGAAAAGAGAAGAUUGCCAGCAUGCUACCUGAGCAAAUUUACUUUUUACAGAGUCCUCCAGAAGAAGAGUCAGAAUACCACCCUGACACGGCCAACCAAGAACCUUUUCCUGUUUCAAAUCGAGAACUAUGCGAGGAGGAGAAGGAACUAAUUCACUUCCCAGUUUGUGAAGGGACCUCUCAACCUGAACCUUCGUGUUCAGCUGUCAGAAUAACAGCCAAUAAAAACUACCGGAGCAGAGCCUCUCAGGAAAGUGCUUUAAAAAAGAUGCAUGAAGAAGAACACCAUCAGCAGAUGUCUAUUUUGCAGCUGCAAUUGAUCCAGAUGAAUGAAGUGCACGUGGCCAAAAUCCAGCAGAUCGAAAGAGAAUGUGAGAUGGCAGAAGAGGAACACAGGAUAAAGAUGGAAGUUCUCAACAAAAAGAAGAUGUAUUGGGAGAGAAAACUGCAAACUUUUACCAAGGAGUGGCCUGUAGCAUCAUUUAACAGGCCCUUCCCCAAUUCACCAUAGGGGAUGAACUCACGUGCGAAUUCACGUUUAACUAAGGUGUCUGGGGAAAAGAGGUGUGUGAGAUAAAUCUGUGAACCCACAACUUGUCAGAGCUGAAAUGAGACCAAUUAAAUAUCUGAGUCAAAUGGAAAGUAGUAACUUUUCUGAGAUAACACUCAGGGAACACACACUACUUGUUCCUUUUCUGACUCCUUUUUCUAUAUAACCACCUCCUCUAAGGAUGAAGAAAGGAGUGAUUUGGGGUUCUGAAUUAUAGCUAUAAAUGUGAUCAUUCUGAAUGUGAUGUGUCUUCAAUUAGGAUUCAUAUGAGAACUCUGUGGAUUUGGUUUUCAGUUGUUUUUUAAUCAAACACAAGGUAUUUAUAAUGUGAACAUUUAUUAUUAUCAUUUGGAUUAUUUUUGCAAACAUUCAAGAAUUUGUACAUGUAAAUGAGGAUUGUUAUCUUCAAAGAGAUCCUUUUGGGAGGCCCAAUACUUGGUCCAGUAAUCCUACCAUUGCUCUGAGCACAUCUGAAACUCUUCUUAGGAAAUGAGCUACAGAGUUGCAACAUCAUCUUUUUAAAAAAAUCUUUUCUAUUUUCAUUCUUUUAGGGUGAAUUUGAUUUCAAAAAUAUUAAUAGUCAGAAGUCAUGAGGAGCCAGGUCUAGAGCUUCUGAGCAAGAAACUUGAGAGGUUGAUGGAAUGAAACUUAGUUGAGGGACUGCAGAGUAAUAGAGGCAGAUGGGAGGUCUUGAAAUGGCAACGAAGGGUAAGGAAUAUGCCAAGAAGACAGUGUAGUAUGGGAGAAAGAGUGCUAGCUCUGGAAUCAAAGCACUUGGGUUCAAUCUUGCCUCUGACAUUUACUACCUGUGUGAUCUAGGAUUUAAGUAUGAUCACAUCCUUCUUGGGCUUGUUUUGUCAGCUGUAAAAUAAAGAGUUGCACUAGGUAGCCUCAGAACCUUUCCAAGCAUGGGUCUAGGAUCUGAAAUCCAAAUUCUCCUGGCCAUGUGUGUCAGGGGAUAUUCAAGAACAACCAGCAUUGUAUUGUAUAGAAAGAUUAGAUGUCUUCCACAAAGAACCAGGAUUUUGUAAGCAUAAGAUAGUGUAUGAGAUAAGUUUUGGAAUAAUGGGGAGUUUAUUAAGAGAGAUACAGAGAGAGAAAGACAGAGAGACAGAGUAAGAGAGAGAGAGAGAAGGAGAGAGGGAGACAGAGUGGGAGAGAGAGGGGGAGAGGGGGCAGCUGGGUAACUCAGUGGAUUGAAAGCCAGACCUAGAGACGGGAGGUCCUAGGUUCAAAUCUGGCCUCAGCCACUUCCUAGCUGUGUGACCCUGGGCAAGUCACUUGACCCCCAUUGCCUAACCCUUACCACUCUUCUGCCUGGGAGCCAAUACACAGUAUUGACUCCAGGACAGAAGGUAAGGGUUUAAAAAAAAGGGAGGGGGGGAGACAGAGAGGGGGUGGGGAAGAGAGACAGAAAGUGGGGGAGAGAGAGAGAGGUUUGAAUUCUAAAACUGUUCUGAGCAAUGGUAGUUCAUAUCAUUGAAUAAAGUGUAUGACCUCUAAGGUGACUAGGAGGAAGGAAGGCAUUCGUUUGAACACAUCUGUUCCAUUAUCUUAUUACUUUAUAAUCACACCUUGUAUAUUUUAAGAAGGUACUGCCUUCCUGGCUCCUACCUUUUCUCUGGAUUUCCUACCUACUUCUAUAAUACUAAAUUAUUAAUUUCCUUUUAAUUGGGCUUCCAGUCACACCCAAAGAAAGGCCCAUUCACCAGUCAUGCCAAAGGUGCUAGCUUAUAGUAUGUGAUAAAAUUAUGCAUUUAGAAAGUAAUGAGCUGGUUGGCUGCUUUUCCUUCACUAACCUAUCUUACCAACAUGGACUGAUUCAAUAGAAAUUUUGAGUAGAGAUUCCUGAGCAUAAAAUGACAAUUUGGAGGAAAAAAAGAUAGAAUAUGCAAGCUGGCAAACACUCUAAGCAAAAAAUUCUGUUAUUAGAGUAUUGAACUCUCAAUAUUGAAGAUUUGAGUUUCUGUUCUAUCACUUACUAGUUGUAUGACCUUGGGUAAGUCACUUCCUGCCUGAGCCUCAAUUUCUUCAUCUAUAGAAUGAGGGGCUUAGACUCAAUGACCUCUUAAGGUCUCUUCUUGCUCUAAAACUAGAAUCCUAUGACUCCCUCUGAGCCUCAGUCACCUCAUCUGUAAAAUGGAGACAAUAAUGGUUGCACUAUCUACCUCACGGGGUGGUUGUGAGGAAGAGUGCUUUGUAAACUGUGAAACACCAAGUAAAUGUGAGCUAGUAGUAGUAGUAGUAGUAGUAGUAGUAGUAGUAGUAGUAGUAGUAGUAGUAGUAGUAGUAGUAAAUAAACUCUAAUGCAGUUCAUUAGUUUCCCAAGGCAAAAUUUCCCAAGGUCAUAUGUGAUGAGCUAAGGAAUAAUGAUGAAUGGAAUACAAUCUAUAUGGACACUCAAGGGAGAGGGCUGGACUUGGGGUUAGGAGAGCUGGGUUUGAGUCCACUUCAGACACUCUGUAGCUCUGUGACCCUGGGAAAGUCACUUAACUUUUAAGAGCCUCUAUUUCCUUGUUGGUAAUGUGAGGAUAAUAAUCCCUGUAUGACCUACCUCGCAGGGCUGUUGUGGAGAAAGUGUUUGGCAAACCCUAAAAAAUAUAAAUAUAAGUUGUUCUACUUCACUUUCAGUGGACAAAGAUCUGUCUUGUUUGGAGGAUCAGCUCUAAGAAUACCCUCAAACAAUGGGUCUGCAGAAGGGUUGUGUGUGCCAAGCAAAAGGACUGUCUUUCUGAACACCUGAGGCACCUGAGAUCUUCUGGGCUUUGGAUGCAUCACUCAUUUGCUAAGAGCCUGGCCCUUAUUUUCCCAUUUCCUUGGGUCUCUGCCUCCUCUCUAGUCAGCAUAGUUCUACAUCUUCCCUAGUUCCCUGUGGAUCUACUCUUCAAGGCUUAGAUGUAUUAAAGAUGGCGCCAUGUGAUGGAAAUAGUGUGGGAAUUCAGAAGACAUGAUUCCAGGACCCAGCUUUGCCAAUAGAUAUUAGUGUGAUGCUGGACAAGUCCCUUCCUCGUUGAGGCCUCAGUUUCCUCAUCUUUUAUAAAGUGAGGGAAUGGACUAAAUAAUAGGUAGUAUAGUGUGGAUAAAGUCAAGAAGACUUGAAUUCAAAUCCUGCCUUAGACACCUACUGCGAUGUGAGAUUGGGCACACCACUUAAUUCUCAGUUCCUCAAUUUUCUCAUCUGUAAAAUGAGGGAUGGACUUGAUAACUUCUAAGGCUCCUUUCAUCUCUUAAUAGUUAUGCCCUGGGGCAGGAAGUCAUAUGAUCGCUUUAGAGUUGGAAGGGACCUUAAAGACCAUCUAAUCAUUUCCACUCAUUUUAUAAGUGAAGGAAAAGGUCUGGAGAGAUCAUCUGAUCUGCUGAAGGUCCCCAAGGCAGCAAAUAGCAGAGAUGGGAUUUGAACCAAAGCCCUCUGAUUUCAAAGCCAUUGCUUAUUUUCACACUGUAUCCCAUGAUCAAAAUGAAAGCAAUAUGGAUUUUUUUGUUUGUUUUUUGGCUAAAGAGAAGCACACCAUCCACUGGAUGAGUUUUCUCGGCUUCUGUUUUCAGGACAAUCUGGUACUUGUGUGUGCUUAUUGGUGUGCAUGGAAAUCUAAGGCUGGUGUUAGGACUAGAUAGCGUAACCCCAGGUAACUUGAUGGAUGAGGGAAGAAGGAAUGAUGAGAUAUAUAGAAGAGAAGUGUGAGUGACUGGGUAGAGGAGGCCAGAUUAUGAAGCACCUUGAAUGCCAGACUGAAGAGUUUGGAUUUUUUUUUUCAGUAGGCAGGAGGAAGUCACUGAAUCUGAGCUGAGAGUUGACAUGAGCAAUCUAGAGCUUUAAGUCCUAUUCCUUUGACCACUGUAGGGGCAUAGUGACUGCCAUUAGUUUCUCCCCACUCCCAAUACAUUCCACAAGCCACUGCAAGAUUAAUCUUUCUCAAGCAGUGUUGCUCAUGCCAACUCUCAGUUCAAAAAGAUUCAAUGACAAUUUCCUUGUUAACUUUGCCAUGAAGUGUGCCCUUGAAUGCAACCUAACUUCCCUCUGCCUUGGUUUUUCAUUAGUGAAAUUGUUGUGAUGCUUAUCUACCUCCCACGAAUGUUGUUAAGAUUAAUCAGUUAAUGGUGGUAAAACAUUUUUAUAAUAAAAAGUAUUCUAAAGUA